GGGGCACCCCCGCAAGCGAGCAGAACCAGGAUGUAACUCAAGGCCAAUUUUCCUUCCUGUACCACAUGGCCUCCUUCUUUGAGAAGUGAAUGAUAUGAGUGCAAGGAUGGAUCUGCCUGGGUCUGGUGACAGAACCUAAUGCCUGAGAAGAGGAAUGGUUGUUGGACCAGUGGGAGAACCAAGAACAUAGAAGAAAUUGCAGAGGGGUGAGAAGAGAAGGACGUAAUGAGCCCCUGAAGAAGGAGAGGCCCAAGUGGAAGAGUGACUACCCCAUGACAGAUGGACAGCUGCGGAGCAAGCGCGAUGAGUUCUGGGACACAGCACCUGCCUUCGAAGGCCGGAAGGAGAUCUGGGAUGCGUUGAAGGCAGCCGCCUUUGCAGUGGAGGCCAACGACCAUGAGCUCGCUCAGGCCAUCUUAGAUGGAGCGAGCAUCACCCUGCCCCAUGGUUCUCUGAGUGAGUGUUAUGAUGAGCUAGGCAAUCGCUAUCAGCUCCCUGUCUACUGCUUGGCACCACCAGUCAACUUGCUUCUCGAGCGCAGUGAGGAUGAUGGGGUAGAACCUCCAGAACCAGCCCCCAGUACCCGGCGUGAGUUCCCUCUUAAGGUGCGCCUGUCCACCGGCAAGGAUGUGAGGCUCAACGCCAGCCUCUCUGACACGAUUGGGCAGCUCAAGAGGCAGCUGUAUGCCCAGGAGGGCAUUGAGCCUUCCUGGCAGCGCUGGUUCUUCUCUGGGAAGCUGCUUACAGAUCGCAUGCGGCUACAGGAGACCAAGAUCCAGAAGGAUUUUGUUAUCCAAGUUAUCGUCAACCAGCCCCUGCCACCCCAGGACUGACAUUCCCAGAGGGAGGGCAAGGAAAGGGGCUCCUUCCUACACCUGGAACACCAGGCUUCCCCUCCUGCUGCCCUUGAGUACUGUCAUCCUCUUCAGGUGAUACCUUCCUUGGUUGCUGCUUCGUGGGCAGUGAAGAAACACUGCCAGCUGCAUCUGGGGUUACUUGACAAAGGCUCUGAGAAGCAGUGCUGCUACAUACAAGCCCCCAGAAUAGGGUUUUUUGCUGAUCCCGGUGCAAGAAAUGCAGAGGAUUGCUUACUUCUCCUGGGUUAACACGGUGGCCUUCUAGCUACACCUCUCCCAUGGCAGGGUAGGGCAAAUCACUUCUGGCUAAAGGGCCAGCAACCCAUGGCCCAUUGGGCCCAGAUCUAUCUAGUCUGGUGCUGUAGGCUGUGCUUACUACCAGCUUUUUCCUCAGGGUUGGAAGCAGCUUCUGCCUCCCCUCUACCCCCGGCUCUGUUGUGGGCAUGGUGCCAGUUCCCCAGUAGUGAAGGGGACCAACAGUGAGUCCCUGGGAGUGGUGAGAGCUGGUGGGGGCCAUCACCUCUUUCCCUGCCCCAGCACAAUUGGCAAGGAUGAGGGUGUAUGGCAAAGAUGUAGCCUGAGCCUUUCCAGAAUAUUUCUGGACAAAAUCAUCUUCCCAGAUGGAACCCUGGCAUGGCUGUCUCCAGGCUGGUUGUCUUUCCCGUGGUGGGUCCUUGUGUACAGAAAUAUUUGCCUAUUUAUCAAUAAAGCCUUUUGCUCCUUC